AUGAAGGAAUGGAAGAAGCUCUGGAGUUUAAAAGUGCCCGCUAAGUUGCGAAACUUUGCAUGGCGGCUGGCUAGAAACUCCGUCCCGACAGAGGGUGUUCGCCGCCAUCGAAAUAUGACCGAUUCGAGUGUGUGUCCGAUCUGCAAUUCAGCUGAAGAUUCUUGGAAACAUGCUUUGAUUCAGUGCCCAAUGGCGAAGAGUGUGUGGUCUCUUGUGGAUGAGGAGCUGGUGGAACAUAUGAUAGCCUGUAAUCACACUGAUGCAAAGCUCUGGCUUAUGGAGCUUCAAGAUUCAAUGGGACAAGAAAUUUUUGUGAAGCUCAUUGUGACCCUUUGCUCCAUAUGGUGGGUGCGUAGGAAGGUUGUCCACGAAGAACAAUAUAGUUUCGUUUACCCCUCAAAAAGAAAAAGCUCUCGUGGCCCGUUUCCUCGAGCGCCGCCCAUCAAACGCAUCCAGAUUCUUGAGGCUGGGCCAAGUCCAAUCUGCAUAGAGGCCCAAAAAGAAGCAUAUAGAGGACAUAGCCAACCACGGUAGGAGCUCCCAGAUCCUUAAAAAAAAACACGGUAGGAGCUCCCCUGAUAAAACAGUUCACGACCGCCACGUCCGGGGAAAUCCCAAACUGUAUCGAUCCCGGCGACGAAAUCCCGAUCCCGCGACCCACCGGCAAGCAACUAAAUCUCGGAGCCGAUCACGUGACCCAUCGGCCAGCGACGUAAUAAUCCCGCAGUCGACCCACAAGCUGCCGGCGACGAAAUCCCAAACUCGAUCCCGCGACCUACCGGCCGGCGACUCCCGCCGGCGCCCUUGGUACGAUGGCCGAAGACGAUGUUGACUGGACACAAAUCUUUGACAGGGUCAAAGGAUCCAUCUUCUCCAUCCGGUUCGUUCCGAAGCAAGACAAUCUUGAACAACUCCAAGUCUUGGCUGAUGGGGUGAAGACAGUUAAAGAUGAAGAGUUGCGGCGGAACAAGCUCAGGAAAGGACAUGCUUCAACUGGUUUCGUCUACUACUCUAGACCAACCGGCCUGCUAAUCAUGACUAGUGCACACGGUUUGAACCAUCUUUUCGACGCUUCUCGACCUUUGACACUAGAGACACUGGGCAUGAUGGAUAUAACUGUUCUAUGCGAUCAUCAAGAAGAAGUUAUUCAGGAAGCCAGAUUGGUUAAUGCUGUCAGGAAAUAUGCCACUGCAAGGGCAGAGGGGGUUAAUUCAAAUAAAGACACAAUUGUUCUCAGUGUUGACAGCAUCAACCUCAAGAAUUACUCGGAUGAUGGCGUAUGCGUCCAAGCACACCCUCCCAUUGACAUCUCUCCCAACACGCCAAUAGUUGGGAGGCAGUGCAUGAUGGUCUCUUGGCCGUCCAAUAUGCCCAGAAUGGUUUCCAUGGGUGAAAUUGUUUCUUCUAGGGGGAUUGGCAUGCAGAAUCCUUUUGGGUACAACAUGACCGUAUUGGAAGUCGAUAUGAGAACCGAGGAGAGUUCGUCCGGCGCGCCGCUUUUCAAUUCAAAUGGUGAGGUCAUAGGCAUUCUUCAAGGGAGUUUGAGUCGGACCCGCUCGAUCUUCGUGACGGGGUCGCAUCUGCACGGAUGGGUCCAACCAGCUGAUGAUGCAUGAGUCCAAUAUAAAUAGAAUUUAAGCUCUAUGUAUUUCGGCAUGUAGUAAUUCUCUGUUAGUAGCAUUUGUUCCGUAUGUUAAGACAUUUAUUAUGUCUCCUCUUGCCUUGGUUUUGGCAGUUUGGGCUUCUAUAUCCCCCGUCGAGUAGCAAAAACUGUUAUGUAGCAUCUAUAAUUGCAAAUGGGAAUUGGAGCUCUCAUCUCGACUCAA